AUGGCAUUCGCCAAGCCGCUCGGACCGCAGAGCCUGGAUGGGCUUGUACCACAGAUGUCGUCCACGGCAUGUGGGGCUUUUGUCAGACGUCGGUGUAUGCGGCAGGGCAAUGUACGUUGGGAGGCAACUGUGUUGACGAAUUUGCGUGCACAACUGGCUGUGGGAGGGUCGGAGACACUUCCCUCAGGACCUUUACGUGGUGAGCAGACACUCGUGCGGGUGACUCCUGGCUUCUCUCGAACAGACUCCACCAGUCAAUACUGCACGGAUGCUCUGUUGACAGUCGAGCCGUCUCAAGUAUAUCUUUACAAGGGCUGUGGAGACUACCCAGCGACCGAUCUACUCCAGGCUACAUUCAGCAUCACAUCUCAACGUACUUCGUCUACAAUAUCACGACAGGUCACGUCGGCAAUAUCAACUAUACCACCGCUUUCAACACCAUCCACAGCUGCCGAAGAAUCCGCUUCCUCUACCACAUCUGUCACAUCCCCGGCUAGUCCGUCCUCGGUCAGCUUACCGGAGCAGCAAAAUAACAAUGGAGCUAUCGUUGGAGGAGUCGUAGGUGGAGUUGCACUCAUUUUUUUCAUGGUUUUGGCAGUGCUUUGGAUUCGGAAACGGAAGGGCGGUAAUGCACAAGUGCCAGCCUAUUCUGAGCAAAAGCCGGUUUGGGCCCACGAGCUGCCGCCUUGA